AUGUCUUGGAAGCUGGCCGAGUUGAGAUGGCGUCAAGAUGUCGGUCUCAAUGAGAGCUGCCGGGAACGCAAUGGUAGAUCAGGUCAAGACAACCACCUUGAGAGCGAAAAGAGCAAGGUGAUGGAACGCACAAAGCGUGGUCGCUCAUAUACUGCGCCGUGGUGCCGUGCCGUGUUGGGGAAGAGCCUGGCGGAAGACUCUGUCAACAAUAGAAUUCGGCCGGACCCGAGACCACUGCCGUUAUCUACUGGUCUUUCAGACUCUUCAACCACUCCUCUGCUUCGAAGCGACCAGGACACAAUAGGCAGCUUGACAGGACAUAAUCACCCUCUCUCUGUUGUUGAGAGAGACACCCCCCAGUCCGAUCCGUCGCUCAAUCACUGUAUACCUCUUUCUCCACACACGUCAUUUCGACGCCAAAUCAGCCUUUGUCCUGAAAUCUACCAGAGUGAAUGGGCGUGCUCACCACUGGAUGGCAAUCAGCAUUCCCCAAAAAGUUCAACGUCGCCUGUGCAGACCGGCGAGAGCAGCAUAAGCGACCAGACCAGACAAGAACUGACAAGUCUGUCACAACCAUCGCUCACCGACUUCAAGACCGACCCAGACUUACCGGGCCAGUUUGACUUCGAGUUUGUUCAUCCUCCAAGUUUUGGGCUCCAGCUCUGCAGACCAGCCCAGGUAGUUGGCCACAAAGCAGAAGAGAAAGGCUCGUAUUUUGAACAUCGCAGUGUCUGGAGGCGGAGUCAGUCCUUUUCACCAAGCGCCCAACGUGUCUCACUGGAGUCGACGCAUCAUUCUGAUUCAGCUCUCCUUCAAAACUUUGCCAUGGAUGACCCAGCUAGUCAUUCAAGUCCGGAGCCUCGCACAACGCGUCCCCUUUAUCCAGAUCUGCCUUCUGCAUAUGCACAGAUCCAGGGCCGCAGAACUGCAAGUCUUCAGCCAGUCUCGUCGAGCAGGAGCGCAACCCGGUUCCCUCUGAGCUCGUCAAGCUCGUCUUCUGAAGAUGAAGAUUACGAACAUCUGCCUUUUGAGAAUGACGCCAUAGAACUGAAAAACCUGCCGUACCGAAAAGUCCAUUCAGCUCAGGGUAUUCUGCGGGAAGCCGUUUAUCACCAAGCGUCUAGCGCAGUGCUUGAGACGACCGUGGACAAUGGCGAUCCCGAUCUAGAUUGCAGAAGAGGCUCGACCACAUUGGAUGACAUUGUCUCUCAAUAUGCAGAUGCCAAUCUCACAGGCUAUCAGACACACAAUAUCAGGAUUGACGAUGGGGCGUAUGUUGAGCCGGAGCCAUUGAAUUGUGUCACGGACAGCAAGUCGGCAGACGAUGCCGCUUGCUUUGGAACUCCAAAGACACGUCAAGGUCAUGUGGUCUCUGGGAAUCAACUCCAUGAGCCUUAUCAGCAUCGUGCAGAGAACCAACUCCCUCGAAACCAUGAGGGCUUUGGAGCAAUCGAUGACGAUGAUGAGGAAUGGGUAACAGUACCAGAGACUAGCCGCAGUGGCUUCCUGACUCCUUCAAAACUGCGAUUUCGUCUGGCCAAGAGAGGGACUGCAGACACGUCUGAUACCACCUUCACCGGCAGAGGGAGUCCUGCGUCACCCUGGGAUCCGCUGUCGAGCGCAAAACAAUCUGAACGGCGUCCCCAACAACAAUACAAAGGUCCUUUGAACUCGAAACGCCAUCAUCAUUCUCCUAGUCAAAAACCAUGCAGAGAGACAGCCCUAGGGUGCAAACAGCCGCUUCACAAAGAGUCGUCAACUCUGAAAACAGGUGGUCAAGUUGCAGACGCUGAUGAACGAGUCUGUCGUCUGGAUUCUGCCGUCGCCCCUGCUGUUAAGGCACAACAUCAUUCACAGCCCAAACUGCGCCCCUUGAAUCAAGUUUCUUCAACACAUCUCACUCCUCUGUCUCAUUCUACACGAUCUGCCACGUUAUCAUCAUCUCGACGUGUUCAGAGCGCUCUCCAAUCAAGUUCAUUACUCCCAAGAAUUCCAGAUGACACUCUUGUAUCGAGCUUUCUCUCCCCAAAAACCAUGACCUUCUCGAACGGUACUCCACGAGCAACAGCAGAAAACACUCUCACGAUACCCUCGAUCUACGACGACUCCCUCAACAGCAUCGCUUCAGCUAUGGAAAACCCUCACUUCACAGACGGGACUCGCCAAUCUCUCAUCACCCCUGCCAAUAACAGAAAUUUCGUUGGUGAACAAGUUGAAGGUGACAAAACUGAAUCAGCGGCUAUUUGUGACAUUUUCGCUUCAUCCUCCGACCAUGGUUUUGUUCAGCGUCACAAUAUUGAAGGCACGUACAUUGCCAGUGGAGACGCGGAAGCUUUAGCUGCUCGACAUUACAACGAAGGAGGUUACAGAUUCAACGACGCCGACAUCUCUCGAUUUCUCCGAGACAGCCGUCUUCUUCGCCAGAGACUUGAUGACAGACACAAACACGAAAACAAUAACGCCAUAUUCAGGCAGCAACGUGUUCUGGUCACCGAGAGCAGCCUAGCUAACGUGUCAUCCGACUCAACCAUGUUGAACCGUCUUCUACACGCUCGAACCUCCUCCAGCAGUCACUACUCUACCAUUGACGACCCUGCUCGAAUUACCGGUCAAGUCACACACAAAUUCAAGCAAUUCCUGAGCAGCAGCGGCACUGGUACUGGUACUGGCACUGCAGACAGCGCAAACUCCGAGUAUUCAAGCCUCGGGAGCGUUCACACCUCAACCAACAGCACCUCUCUCCAGGAACCGGACGAGAACUUCGACACAUGCGAUGCGAUCAUAUAUUGCCAUCGGUGUCCUUCGUUCCCUCUGAGCCCUGAGAUGCUAGGAGUCGUGAGUCUCGAGAACUUGGGCCGUGUCCCAUUUGAGCGCCUACAACUAUCCCACGACGGAAAAUGGCUCGAGAAGGGCUGGUGUUUCCUGCACGAGCGAAUGGAAUACAGCCAUGCUGUCCUCGCUGGCAACGAGGCAGCCAUCAGCGAAGACCUCAGGUCUGUCCAGCGUAAAGCUGGCAGACUGCUGUUGGUCUUGGGCGCGGCGACGUUCUUGGUGGGUGGGUGGACCCUGAUCCAGUCGAUCGGAGAGGGAGGCCCUCUGGCCACUUCGGCCAUGGCUGAUCUGACAAGGGUGUUGGCUGGCGGGGAGGAGGGGGUGGUUUGCUGUGUGCAUCCACGGGAUGCAGCAAUGGCGCAAGCCAUUGAAAAGGCGGCGGUGUCGGUGGUGGUGUUGGUGGUUGUCGGCGUGUUGGCGGUGCUGUCCUGGGCGGCGGCCACUAUUUAG